AUGGCAGCGCAACAAGGGCCACAUGCCCUCAAGACCUCCCUCCCCGAAACAUUCGCAGCCAUGAACGCUCAACAACCCCCACCUUCAUAUGAACACCCAUCACAAGAACAACAAGACAAAUAUCUACAAGGCCGCCCCGGUGCGACUCAGCAGCACCUGGAAAUUGCCCUACAGCAUGCGCAACAGAUUCAAACUCAAAAGGACGCCGAAGAUGUAAUCUUGAACCACAUUCUCGACCUCCUCGACCUCCCCUCCUCCCCCUCCGCCAACCCUGCCACGCCCACCCAAGAAGACGCCAACAAAUUUAAAUUCUCCCUAAUCCCCUUUCGACCAAGCGACUACGAUAACCUCAUUCUCGAACGCAACUACGGAGAUCUUUGCGGGUAUACGCUAUGCCCGCGCAAACACCGCAAGCAGAACCACGCCCCUGGAGGCGGCUUCCAAUUCAAAUACGGGCCCAAGGGGAGCGGUCCCGGCGGUCGAGGGCGCAGCGUGGACAUCGUACCGCAAGACCAGGUCGAGAAGUGGUGUUCAGACGCAUGUGCGGAGCGCGCUCUUUGGAUCAGAGUCCAGUUAUCUGAAGAGCCGGUCUGGGAGCGACGGGGCGACAAUACACGCGGCACAAAUAUUUUGCUUUUGGAAGAAGCGCGCGCGAAACGUCUUCUGGCACCGGCGGCUACGGGCACGGUUUCUGGGGUGGUGGAUGAGAUGAAUAAUCUAAUGCUUGCGAACGGGGAUCGGUCUCGUGAGCUUGCGAUGGAACGCGGCGAUACAAGUUCUGUGAAUCGCAAUGGCCGGUUGCCCAUUACAUUGCAGGAGAAUGCGUCCGGGAAUCAUCGUUCAGGCGCUCCGCAGAUGCGUCCAGAUGAUGUGACCGGAGGGUCCAUUGAGGGUUAUGUUCCCAGGCAGGACAGAUCUGUAGACCAAGAUGGUGAUAUUGAUCUUUUUGAUCAGAUCUGA